CUCCCGGGCUCGUGUGUCCUGUGUCCUGCGCCCUGCGCCCGCCGUGGCGGUGCCGAGCCCGCAGGCUGCUGAUUGUCCUUCGCGGCGGCUGCGGUCGCAGCCUCCUUGCCUCGGCCGGGGCUGCCUGCGCCGGACCGAGCGCGCCUCCCGCGGCCACGGCCGCCCGGAGCAGGUUGCUAAGAUAGUUUGAAUUUCACCAGAAAGGUGAUUUUUUCACACAGAAACGGACUGCAGAAGACAUAGAUCUGGGUAGACAGCGUGGCUGCAGGCCUUGGGGUUGGCAUCCCUGCCGCCUUUGAACAGAGCGUGUUGGCAGUUCAGGGCCCAGCUCAGCCUGCAUCCCGCAUCCUGCAUCAUGCCCGCGCUGUCCGCAGGCUCGGGGAGCGACACAGGUCUGUAUGAGCUGCUGGCAGCUCUACCAGCCCAGCUGCAGCCACAUGUGGACAGCCAGGAAGACCUGACCUUCCUCUGGGAUGUGUUUGGCGGAAAAAGCCUGCAUUCACUAGUCAAGAUUCACGAGAAACUUCACUACUACGAGAAGCAGAAUCCCACGCCCAUCCUCCAGGGCGCGGCAGCCUUAGCUGGUGACCUGGCGGAGGAGCUUCAGAACAAGCCAUUAAACAGCGAGAUCAGAGAGCUGUUGAAACUACUGUCAAAACCCAAUGUGAAGGCUUUGCUCUCUGUACACGAUACUGUGGCUCUGAAGAACUAUGAUCCCGUGUUGCCUCCUAUGCCUGACGAUAUUGAUGAUGAGGAAGACUCGGUGAAAAUCAUCCGUCUGGUCAAAAACAGAGAACCGCUGGGAGCUACCAUUAAGAAAGAUGAACACACCGGCGCCAUCGCUGUGGCCAGAAUCAUGAGAGGAGGAGCUGCAGACAGAAGUGGUCUUAUUCACGUUGGCGAUGAACUCAGGGAAGUGAAUGGGAUACCUGUCGAGGAUAAAAGCCCUGAGGAAAUCAUUCAGAUCUUGGCUCAGUCUCAGGGCGCAAUCACAUUCAAGAUUAUACCCAGCAUCAAGGAGGACACACCAUCAAAGGAGGGCAAGAUGUUUAUCAAAGCCCUCUUUGACUAUGACCCUAAUGAGGAUAAAGCAAUUCCAUGUAAGGAAGCUGGGCUUUCUUUCAAAAAGGGAGAUAUUCUUCAGAUUAUGAGCCAGGAUGAUGCAACAUGGUGGCAGGCGAAGCACGAAGGAGAUGCCAAUCCCAGAGCAGGCUUGAUUCCCUCAAAGCACUUCCAGGAAAGGAGAUUGGCUCUGAGACGACCAGAAAUAUUAGUCCAGCCCCUGAAAGUUUCCAACAGGAAAUCAUCUGGUUUUAGAAGAAGUUUCCGUCUUAGUAGAAAAGAUAAGAAAACAAAUAAAUCCAUGUAUGAGUGCAAGAAGAGUGACCAGUACGACACAGCGGAUGUGCCCACUUACGAGGAGGUGACACCCUAUCGACGGCAGAUGAAUGAGAACUACAGACUCGUUGUCUUGGUUGGUCCCGUAGGGGUGGGUUUGAAUGAACUGAAACGAAAGCUGCUCAUCAGUGACACACAGCACUACGGCGUGACGGUGCCCCACACCACGAGACCAAGAAGAAGCCAGGAGAGUGAUGGUGUUGAAUAUGUCUUCAUUUCCAAGCAUUUGUUUGAGACCGAUGUACAAAAUAACAAGUUUAUUGAAUAUGGUGAAUAUAAAAACAACUAUUACGGCACAAGUAUAGACUCAGUUCGGUCUGUUCUAGCUAAAAACAAAGUUUGUUUGUUGGACGUUCAGCCUCAUACAGUGAAGCACUUAAGGACACUAGAAUUUAAGCCCUAUGUGAUAUUUAUAAAGCCUCCAUCAAUAGAGCGUUUGAGGGAGACAAGAAAAAAUGCAAAGAUUAUUUCAAGCAGAGAUGACCAAGGUGCUGCAAAGCCCUUUACGGAAGAAGACUUUCAAGAAAUGAUUAAAUCUGCCCAGAUAAUGGAAAGUCAAUAUGGUCAUCUUUUUGACAAAACUAUAGUAAAUGAUGAUCUCACCAUGGCCUUCAGUGAGCUUAAAACAACUUUUGACAAACUGGAGACAGACACCCACUGGGUUCCAGUGAGCUGGUUGCAUUCAUAACUAAGGGAAAUUUCCAUAAUUAUCUUUUCUGUAGAGUGCAUGAUUAAAUCAGUUACCAUUUUGGUGGUAGGGGUUUUUAAUCUAUAUCACUGUUAAGAUGUGCAAUCUUGGUGAAAAUUGAA